CAGGUGCCCACAUUGGCAACAGCGAGACAGCAGCCCCCAGCCAUGGCGGACAUCGAUUUGUAGCAUCGGAGGUGCGGAGCAGCGCGGAUUCGCGGCGAAUUCAAGGUAUCCCUUCCCAUACUGAGUCCUCCGCCCCUCGACCGGAUCCACCCCGCGCCAUGUCUUCCCGGCUGCCGACGCAUCUGUCCAACCGGAGUCCACGGCGAUUCCCCACAGUCUGCUGUCUCCUAGUCCUCACCCUCGCUCUCCUCUUCACCUCCGCUGCCGCCAAGUCCUCUCGCCGCCCAAUCUCCGACAACGAGAUCCGGCAGCAGAAGGAGGCAUGCUACACCGACGUCGAGAACGGGCUAUGGGGGUGGGCGUGCAGGUCCUCGCCAACGGAGAAGGAGAACUGCGUGCUGCGCUGCCUCUCCCCUGAGUGCUACAACCUCAUCUACGGCGGCGACCCCCUUGAAGAAGGGGAACUGGAUUAUGUCCGCAGCCAGGAGUACAAGUACUGCAUGCGCAAAUCAUCCCUUGGAGAAAGCUUGGAUGGUGUGAAGGGAUCCUUCAGUUAUUCAUGAAGGAAACCAAAAGGAAAAAGUGACAGUAUCGUUUUCGUUGCGUCCUCAUCCAUGCCGAGGAUUGAUCAAUCGACAAUAUUUUUGGAUGGUUACGGUGGUGGAUCUUACCGUGGUUGAUCCCAUGAUCUCAGCGCAAUGACUGGCCCAAGACCUAUUCCAUAGUCGGUAAAGUAGGCAUGAUUGGCAUUGUUAGGUUUGGAUUCUAGAAAAUUAAGCUAUCUAGAAAAUUAAGCUAUCGAAUUGCAAAGCCAUGUAUUUAACCCUGCUUCAGCAUGUAUUCUGUGCAGGAUACUUAUCCUCUUGCACUGCAAAACCUGCUGUAUUCUGCGCGGCAUUACUAGAACAACUAGCCUGUGCGACUUUGUUAUGGACCCAAACACUUCAGCAUGCUUGAACUCAGGAA